GCAUGGUCGCUCGCAAAAACAAGCAACAACGCAGCCGAGGAAGGUCUUCGACAGAGAGAUGAUCGAGCCACAUGCUUACCAGUGUUGAUCUAUCCUCACGGUAUCGCUGAACCCGAAACACGCGAAAGCGUUCUUCGAGGCGUACAAAUAAUUCGACCAUAUCUGCAAUGGUCCGAACCCAACAGCGCAAACCGAUCAUCCAUCUCGUUUCCAUGCCAAUGAUCCUCCUGGUAUCGUCGCAAUUGAAAUCUGCAAUUGGCAUGAUCCAACCAGCGUGCUACACGAGAACUGGCAAACAAGCAGUGCGCUCAUUUACAGUGAACAACUUGUCAAGAACCUUGCAAUCCUCCAGAGGAUCAAUUGGGAGUAGAUGGAUGUCAGCUUCUUCGAGCGCUGCUGAGGUAGAAGACGCCACCACCUCGAUCAAACACAAAUCAAGCAUACCAGCUUUUCGCAUAUUCUACAAUGACGUCUACGAAGUUCAUUUGCCGAAAGGCCACAGAUUUCCAAUGGAUAAAUACCAACGAGUAAGGAAGCAGGUGCAAAAGGUUGUCAAGGAGCUACCUAAGGAGGAACAGGAAAAGGUAGACUGUGACUUUCAUGUGUCCCCUCUUGCGACAGUUGAUGAGCUUGUGACAACACACAGCUAUGAAUAUGUGCAGAAGGUGCUGAGCGGGGAUCUGACGGAACAGGAGUUACGGAACGUUGGCUUCCCAUGGAACGAGGAAAAUGUGAAGAGGUCCUUUUCAAGCGUUGGUGGCACAGUGGCAGCUGCCAAGUUUGUUUGCGAAGCAGCAGAACAAAGGAAAGACAACCCCUCUUCCAUCCCACCUUGGGCGGCACACGUGGCAGGAGGUACUCAUCACGCAUUCCACGACCGGGGAGAAGGAUUUUGCGUAUUCUCAGACAUAGCAGUUGCUGCGAAUGUUGCACUACAAAGCUUCCCCAACAUCGAACGUAUCCUCAUCCUGGAUCUAGACGUUCAUCAAGGCAAUGGGAACGCUGUCUUGUUUCAAGGUCGCCCUGAGGUUGUAACUUUUUCAAUGCAGUGCGUUGCAAACUACUUUUCUGAAAAGCAGCAGUCUGAUCUGGACGUAGAGCUUCCACCAGACUGCACAGAUCAGACUUACCUGAUGACUCUGAGCCACUGGUUGAAGAGAAUAAAGCGCGAAAGUGGACCGUACGACUUGGUAUUCUUCCAAGCAGGAGUCGACAUUCUGGCAGAAGAUCGGCUUGGACGAAUGUCAAUAUCCCAGAAAGGAGUGGAGACACGGAACAAGCUGGUGUUUGAUUUUGCAAUGGAUUUGAAUGUGCCGCUGGUAAUCACCAUGGGAGGUGGCUAUCCGCGCACUGACGACUGGGCUCCAAUUCUUCAAGCACAUUCCAAUGUGUACCUUCAGGCACGUCAGUACCUUGCUGAUACAGGCGCUUCAAGGAAGCAGUAGUCCAAUGUUGCUGUUAGCUAAGAGAAAUUCAGAGUGCAGGCAUGGCAUGCUUAGGAUCAAUGACACCUACUGUAGAUUUUCCGGCCAGGUACACACAGCUAGAUUUGUUUACAAGACAAACAAUCUCAUCAUUCAAGCACUGAAAAAGAUGCUUCGGCCUCGUUAGUGUGAAGGUGCUGGUAUGGUUGCUAGUGGUAUGGUUGCUACUGGUUCAACAAAAAUAGUACUGUACAAGCUGGCUUGGAUCAACAACUAGAGGCAUCUGAAGGAGUUGUAACUUCAGUGACUCUUUCCAACUGUAGUGGGCAUGGAGUGGGCCCUGAACGACAAGGGGCCCAGAGGUGAACCAAGGGCACCAGUGCUACUGUAGUGACACUUGGAGAAGCACAUGGUGUGGGACCAGGAGUGGGCCUAGAAUUGUAGGUCAACGAAUGUUUCCAGAGGUGGGGGCAGGGGAGGCUGAGUGCUUUUUGCUGGAGUGGGAUCUGGCCACUGACUUGGAGUGGUUCCUGGUGUUGGUCCAGGUGUAGAACUAGGUGUUGAUCCUGGAGUUCGUCUGGGAGUGGUAUCUAGCGACGGAGACCAUGAAUUGGGCCUCGAAUGGAGACCAGGGAUAGGUCAGGAUCCUUACCAGGCAGGAGCUCAUGGCCUAUGGAUGAUACACAUAUGGCGCUGUCUUUGAACACAUCAUCCAGAAAGAGGACGGUUUUAGUCCCCCAUGUUGGAGUCCCGGACUGACUCAGCGACCGAAGUGGCU